GCCGUCGCUGAUGAUUGGUCAAUACUGCCUGUGGGUCAUGUCAUCCAAGAGAGCUUAUAUAGAGGAUGGUCCACCGGCGAUCUGCUUUAAUAUUAAUCUGGCAUCGAUGCCAUUCGCAAAUUCAACAAUUAUAAUUAUAAUAAAUGUCAUGUUUUAUGGCUGGUUGUUAAAGUGAUUUAAGUUCCAAGGAAAUGUUUCGAAUAAUUGGAUUAUUUUUAGUCGUUAAUUGGGUAGUAGGUGAAAAUUUUUUGAUUGAAGAAACAGGAAGACGACGAGUGGUUUACGGCACUACGGAUAAGCCGGUUAUAAAAUCUGGUGUUAGUCCUAAUACAGUCGAUAAUAUUUUUCAGAUACCAAUCUCGGUCAUAGAAGGAACCUCCACUGCAGCGCAAUCCUGGUACCCUGAAAACAGUGACACAAUUAAUAAAGUAUUCGAUAUCCCCGUGCAAACUUUGCAAGCCAUAAGUAACCUGGUAAAAGACCGACUAACUCAAGAAGCUAAGCCGAUAAAUGAAGAAGAAGUCAAGUCUUUGAAGAAAAAAAUAAGUGAAGAAAAUGUAGAACCAGAAAACGAAGACUUUACAACCAGAAAAAGACACGCGUACCUUGGCUGGGACUGGCCGCUAACUGACCUGUUUUUUGGACACGACCAAGGCUUCCAUGGCCAUGGUCACAAGAAGAAAAAACGCAAGCCGCACAAUCUCAACGGCCAUUUCGGAAACCACGGAAGUCAUGGACACUUGAGCCACCAUGGACUCUUUGGAAAUCGUAAUAGCAAUAGUAAUAAUAUAGGUCAGCCUAUUCUGGGUGGAGAUGGUAAUAUUUAUCAUGUCACAGAGACACUGGAUGACGCUGUUCAGAUUGGUCUUUGGAAACCUUACUCUGGAAUUAUACAAAAUAAAAUAGCGCCUGAUUCGCGCUUUCGAUUUUAAUUAUCGCUAAGUAAUUAUAAUACUAGAACUUAACAAUAAAUAAUUUAUAAAAAGCGUGGAACAAUUAUUUAAAUUAGACGGAAAUAAAUCCUUGU